AAUCUAUAAUUCUCCAGCUUAGGGAUUAGGGCUCGCAAUCGAAUUCUUCUUCUUCGAUUCGAUAAAUUCUUGUUCGAUAUAAACCACUGAUUAGAUCCGAAUUCAUCGCAAGCUCAAAGUAUGGUGCUUUCGCAAAAGCUUCAUGAAGCAUUUAAAGGUACAGUUGAGAGGAUCACAGGUCCACGUACGAUCUCUGCGUUCAAGGAGAAGGGAGUACUCAGCGUCAGCGAGUUUGUACUCGCCGGAGAUAAUCUCGUCUCCAAGUGUCCCACCUGGUCCUGGGAAUCUGGUGACCCAAGCAAAAGGAAGCCUUACUUGCCCUCGGACAAACAGUUUUUGAUUACUAGAAAUGUACCUUGUCUACGGAGAGCUGCAUCUGUGGCAGAGGAUUAUGAAGCUGCUGGAGGUGAAGUGUUGGUUGAUGAUGAAGAUAAUGAUGGUUGGCUGGCUACACAUGGGAAACCGAAAGAUAAAGGCAAGGAAGAUGAAAACUUGCCAUCCAUGGAUGCCUUGGACAUAAAUGAGAAAAAUGUUAUCAAAUCAAUACCUACGUAUUUUGGAGGUGGGGAGGAGGAAGAUAUUCCAGACAUGGAGGAGUUUGAUGAGGCUGACAAUGUGGUAGAAGAUGAUCCAGCAACUCUUCAGUCAACUUAUCUUGUGGCUCAUGAACCUGAUGACGAUAACAUUCUCCGAACUCGGACAUAUGAUCUCAGCAUAACGUAUGAUAAGUAUUACCAAACUCCUCGUGUUUGGCUGACCGGUUAUGAUGAGUCAAGGAUGCUGCUACAACCUGAACUUGUAAUGGAGGAUGUGAGCCAAGACCAUGCUCGUAAAACGGUCACAAUUGAAGAUCAUCCACAUUUGCCUGGGAAACAUGCUUCAGUCCAUCCAUGUCGGCAUGGAGCUGUUAUGAAGAAAAUCAUUGAUGUAUUAAUGUCGCGCGGAGUAGAACCUGAAGUUGACAAGUACCUCUUCCUGUUCUUGAAGUUCAUGGCAUCAGUUAUUCCAACAAUCGAGUAUGAUUACACAAUGGAC